CAUUCCAUCUAAAUAAACAAAUAAACUGAACUCUGGUGUUUAUUUUUGAACCUGUUUUCCACAGGAACUUGCAAUUUAAAGCUUUUAGGUGCAUCAAACUUUAUCUGUAUACUUAUUUGUAACGGUACAUUCGACUGCAGUAAAAAAGAAAUGUCAGGUUUAGGUUUAAAUGACCACCACCACCAACAAGCUGUCAAUUUCAUUCGGUUUUGUCGUUAUAAACGUAAUCAACGUUUAAAAGCGGUGGAUCACUGUUUUCAAGAUUUAAAAGACAGCAGGUUAUACGAAGACACCUACACCACAGAUGAAGUGACAGAAAUGCUUGAUGGCUUACUUAGUGUUGUAAGAGGGGAAAUGGAAGCCGAGUUAUUAAAUGCAAGCCACACAAGUGUCCUGCAGCUGCGACAAAUUCUUUCACAAGCUGAAAAAUGGCAUCUUAAGCUGUGUUCGGAUAUUUCUGAACUUGAAAACAGAGAAUUGCUUGAACAGAUUGCUGACUUUGAAGAACAGGAAUUAAGUUUAUCUGGAAGCUCAGACUUCAAACCUUUACCUAAACUGGAACCUUUGAAUGAAAGUGGUGGUGUUGCUCUAUUGCAAAUGGAAAUCGAGCGCUUGAAGGAAGAAAAUGAAAGAUUGAAUGAAAGAAGCAGGUCAUUUGAAAAGCAUGCAACUAAGUGCGUGGAAGAUAACAAGGCAAUGCAGAAACAAAUUAAAGAACUUGGAGCAAAACCUGUUGCUGCUGUGGAUAAUUCCAGUGUUUCUGAGCUUGAGACAAAACUUAAAGCAAUGACGGCUGACUUCAGUGAGAGCAUGGAUUCAAAAUCGGCGCUUAACGAGGCUCUUGCUGCUGAUCUUACAUCAACUAAACACGAUCUACUUAAAGUGCAGGAACAACUUGAGAUGGCUGAGAAAGAUCUGGAAAAGAAAUUCCGUGAAACCGGUGCAUUUCGUAAUUUACGGGAUAUGCUUGCCAAGAAAAAUGAACAGUUAAAAGAACUGAGGAAGAAGCUUGGAAAGUAUGAACAAACCGACUAAUACAUCAUUACAACAUAGAUUCUUAGUUAAAGAAGUCAUUCAUACCAGUAUGCACUUUAAAGAAGUUUGGCAUACUUUUGAAAUUUUGUAAACUGGGUAGGGUUUUAAGCAUAUUUUCUGUUUCGUGAAUGCAAUUGACUACGGAAAGCCAUUCCUUUAUUUUCUGUAUGCCAAUUUUUUUACCUGAAACAUGGUAUACACUUUUUCACUAUGGUGCUACUUUACGGUCUUCAUUCGUGAGCGUCUAUUAGCAGUACAUGCAACAAUUUUAAUGUUUUAAGGUAAUUGUACUCAAAAUGAUGAAUUUUAUUUUAAAUCUUCAGACACCUAAAAAGUAACUGGAUUGUUAAAAAAUGAGCUUAUUUUUUACCGUGUCAGAAAUAGCUACAAAAUUAAACACUAUAUCAGCAGGUAUUUACUGUUAAUUGCAAAUUUCCCCGUUCGUUUAACCAUUUUACCUGUGCAAGGAUAUUUCUUCAUGUUACAAACUGAAUCAUUGAUUCUCGUAUGUUAACCGUCGGUACAAAUACUUUUAUAAUUCGCGCAUAUCUAAAUAACGACGUUCGUUUAUAUGUAGUUAUGUAACACACCGCCCAUUUUGCACAACAUAUAGUACCGUGGGGUAAAAUGAGACACCUUUUGCGCAUAAUAUUCUAACAUCCUGAUCGUGUUUUAAACAAUUAACAACGGUCUAUGGGAGUCGCGAUACAUUUUUAAUUCUUUAAAUGUUUUUUGUUUAUUACCGAAAUGGGACAAAAAAUAGAAAUAAAGGUGUCCCAUAUUCCCCCACCCUACUACAUUUUAACCUAUAUUGUGAAACUAUAUGAUUUGAACGCACCAGGACGCCUUUGGCUGAAACAGUUAUAGGUAUAUGGAGCACACUGGGAACUAAAAUCCAGAAGGUAUUAUAUUCAUAGCAAAACAAAAACAUAGUGAAUUUUACUGUGGUGCAUGAGACGAAAUUCUUUUAGUUGUUCAAUAUACUCAACAAAAAUCUUCAUGCUUUUUAAGUGUUGCGUAAGGCGUCCCCAAAUUCUUCUGUGUAUAAUGUAACGUUUCUUGCUUCGUAUAUUUGUUCUAUUCUGUUUUGUAGCUGCAAUUAUAUACCAAAUAUAUAUAUACACCAAGCAUA